GAAAGACUGAUAUGAACGAAAGACAUUUCUGAUAAAAACAAUCAUACUGUGACUCAAACGAUAUCAAUUCUCACUCAUUUGAUUCAACUCGCUCGGUGUUCAUUUCGAGUUUCAUUGCAAUUUUAAUCGCUGAACGAAACACUGCAAAAUGAGCUAUUCGUGGUCACCAUCGAGCGUUCAUUCGACAUUGCCCCCGAACGCCCUUUAUGCCGGUAGCGAUACUGACGGUAGCCAAAUAUUUGUUGGAAGGUCAUUUUUUCAAGGAGAUCAACUGCCAUGCAAGAUUAUACCCAACAAAAAUGCUGCCUACGUCAGCUAUGAUGGUGGCGAACAUUUCGUGGAUUCCUAUGAAGUUCUAUGUGGACAAGGAUUUCAAUGGCUAUUAUCGAGUGAUGGAAACAUUCCAGACGAUGCAUUUGUGGCUGGAUUUUGCAAAGGUGGCGAACCACUCCACGUGGGCCGUAUGCAUUUUCAAGGCAGUUUGACUCCUGGAAAAAUCCGGCGUUCGCAUGGAUGUCUGUACAUACCAUUUAAUGGUGUUGAACAGUCAUUUCAAUCGAAUUUCGAAGUUCUGGUUGUGAUCAGUGAACAAGUCAAUCCACCGCAACCGGAUCAACCUGAUAAAUCUGAUCAAGGCUGUUGUUGUACGAUGAUGUAGAGAACAUAAUCACAUAAUAUGCUUUUUGAGUGCAUAAGAACUUGAAUUAUUUGCAAUUAUUUCAUUUCGUCUUGGAUUUAAAAUGUUGCCAUAAAAAGCUGAUUAUUAAACUCUUCAACAUUUUAAGACA